AUGGCGUCGCAGCUGCCACGAGUGUGCGUCACUGGAGGCGGCGGGUUCAUCGCCUCCUGGCUCGUGAAGCUGCUCCUCUCCCGUGGCUAUGCCGUCCAUGCCACUCUCCGUGAUCCAAAGAAUGCCCAUCUGAAGAAGCUGGAUAGAGCCCCAGAGAAUCUGCAUCUGUUCAAGGCUGAUGUGCUGGACUGCGAGACUCUGACGCCCGCAGUUCAAGGAUGUCAGGGAGUCUUCCAUCUUGCCACUCCGGUGCCUGAAGAUAAGAUUCUUCAUCCUGACGUUCACAAAGUUGUUGUGAUGUCCUCCAAUGCUGCUGUUACUUCCAACCCGAAUUGGCCUCAAGAUAGACUCAAAGAUGAGAGUUGCUGGUCAGACACAGAGUUCUGCAAGGAGAAGGAGGACUGGUAUUCUGUUGCCAAGACUCUGGCUGAACAAGAAGCCUCGGAAUAUGCACGUAACAAUGGACUAAAUGUUGUUGCACUGUGCCCUCCUUAUGUUUUUGGUCCACUGUUGCAGUCUUCAGUGAACACAAGCAGCAAACUCCUCAUCUAUGUUAUAAAAGGAGGUCCUGAUGUGAUGACCAACAGAAUGUGGGACGUAGUAGACGUCCGUGAUGUGGCCGAUGCUCUGCUCCUGUUGUACGAGAAUGAUCGGUCAUCAGGGAGAUACAUUUGCUCGCCGAAUCGCGUUUGCACGAGGGAUUUGGUGGACCUGUUGAAGAAGAUGUACCCAGACGUCGUCGAUGCUGACCAUGCAGGACCACCUUUAUCUAGUCAGAAGCUGAAGGAUCUGGGUUGGGAACCAAGGAAGCUGGAAUCGACGCUCUCAGACAGCGUCCAGUCAUAUGAAAAGGCAGGGCUUCUCCAGGGGAAUCCUUGUCGCCUCCCCUUUCUCAUUCGUGCGUGGCUGUAG